GCAGUUAUAAUGGAAUUGAAUCCUAGUCUCAUAUGACGUACAUAUAAGACGCUGUCUCAACCCCCCUGGACGAAAAAAUAAAGAAAAUAUAUUUAAACUAAGCUGCUGGCCUGCUGUGCUACUGCUAUCAGCCCCUCGUGCAUUCGGUGUGCCCUAUCUGCUUGCUGAUGCUUCAGUUUGUGUUUGGUGACGAUCGUGUUCUGUAAAGUUGGCCAACAUAGGAAGUUGGAAUUGAAAGCGACAUUCGGUCAUACUUUUGGUCCCCACCCACCACAGAUGCUCGUUAGAACAAACGUUGUCAGCAGAUUGAGUCUUCUGUGAUCUCUUUCUGUAACACUAAUUUACCAAACAAGUUAAAGGCUUACAAAAGAAUGGCACAGUCUACACCAACAGGAAAUAUCACAAAUAUUUGGAUCCAAGAUGCCAAUGGUCAGCCCCAGAUGAUAAAAGUGGUGCAUGCUACUGCCGGCAAAGGUGUACCAGUGUCCAUGGCCUCUGGAGCAGUGAGAGCUGUAUUAAGAUCAAAUGGAACUGUUUUGGCUGCCACACCUCAGAUGUUGCAGUCACUUGGGAGAGUAGCAAGAGCACCUGGGCCCCGGGGCCAGGUGGCAGCUGGUCAAAUUCUAGCCAUACCAUUGUCUUCUGGAAAUGGAUCCACUCCUGGCAGCAAAAGUGCAGCUGUUCAGUUACCAGUUGUACCUGUUGUACUUAGCACUCCUCAACGUUUAAAUCAACAGCAGCAGCAACAACAACAACAGGGCAAAAACUUCAUUUCGCCUAUCCUUGAUCACAGUGGUUCUCGAAAAAGACAAGAUCCUGACCAUGAACAUGGUUCAGAGAGUAAACGGCGUAAGGUAGACAAAGGAGGGAAAGGUUUACGCCAUUUUUCCAUGAAGGUGUGUGAAAAAGUUCAGAAAAAGGGUACCACAACGUAUAAUGAGGUCGCCGAUGAACUUGUAGCUGAAUUCACCGACCCCUCUCGUUGCACGUCACCCGCUGACCAAUAUGACCAAAAAAAUAUUCGACGUCGAGUCUAUGAUGCACUCAAUGUGCUCAUGGCCAUGAAUAUUAUUUCGAAAGAAAAGAAAGAAAUCAAAUGGCUUGGUUUACCUACAAAUUCGUUGCAAGAAUUCCAGGCUCUGGAAGCAGAAAAGCAACGCCGUUUAGAGAGAAUUAAGCAAAAGACCCAACAACUGCAAGAAUUGGUUCUUCAACAAAUCGCCUUUAAAAGCUUGGUCCAAAGAAACAAGCAUAAUGAGCGUCUGUACGGUGGCCCUGCCAGUAAUUCAACCAUACAGCUACCCUUUUUGGUCGUUAAUACUAGCAAGAAAACGGUGAUUGACUGCUCUAUAUCUAGCGAUAAGAUGGAGUAUCUCUUCACAUUUGAUGAUACUUUCGAAAUUCAUGACGAUAUUGAAGUACUCAAGCGAAUGGGCAUGGCUCUUGGGCUUAACGAAGCUACUUGCACUGAAGAGAAUCUCGCAAAGGCCAAGUCUUAUGUUCCAAGAGCCUUGGAACACUACGUUGAUCAGUUGGCUAGUGGUCAAGCUGAGCCUCAGUGGCCGGAGGAUGUCAACCCUGUGGUUAAGGAAACCUCUGACCAUUUCAGUAGCCAAGGCGUCCGAGCAGUUACACCAACAGCCUCAGUCUCCACAGGUUUCUCCGACUCGGAAGACGACGACGUGGAUGACGAUGAUGAUAACUCAGACGUGGAAAUUAAUUGAAAUGUUGUUGAUUCUACCAUGGCGUUGUCUCAUUGCUACUGCCGCUUCACGUGCGGUUGUCCUCGCUGAUUGGAUGCAUUUCUCUUCGCUUGUUCUCGGUACAGUGUUAACCUUUCCUUAGAACCUAUAUUUUCAAUGUCGCCAAUUUAAGCCAAGUGAGAGUAUCCAUCAAUGAUCGUGGGACCUUCCGCGCGCGCAUGUGUAUUAAAUGACGGAGUGUUCUUGUCGGUAAAGGAAACCGCAUCGACAAUUGAAAACAUUGAAAACUCAGGUGAUGAAUAUUUGCUAAAGUGCCUGUCCAUGUAUUUUCGAGUAGAAAUGAGGUUUCAUUGUCGAUAACAGUUUUUUCGUUCAUAUUUGUUUCCCGUCGUACAAACAGUGUCGCUCGUUAUUCUCGUCUAUUAAGUGUUCAUAUCUUGUUCAUUCAUCUCGUUAGUAAAACACGGGAUUGUCUGCAUCAAUAGUCUCAACGGCUAUAAACUAUUCCAUUUCAA